AAACGCCAGACCUACGUGGCCAAACUCCCCGGGGGAAAGAGGACGAGGACGGAUGCGGAUAAGGAGCGCGCGCGAGAGUACGAGAAGACCCCGGCCAGGAAGGCGUCCAAGCUGGCCCGCAAGGAGGCGAACCCGGAGAGGUGGGCGCAGUACAGCAAGGACUCUCGCGCACGCCGCCGGGCGGCUGACCCCGAGGGGUACCUGGCGAAGGCGGCGGCAGACCAGAAGCGCUUCCGCAACCGCACGAGGCAGAUCAGCUUCGAGGGGGAGGAGGGAAGCAUGGAGCAGACGACCGCCGCUCAGAUCAUCGAGGAGAUGGACGCGUGCUGCUUCUUCUGCGGAGAGGCAGAGACCAACAGCCAGCCCCUCGGGAUCGCAAGGCUGGACCAAAAGGCGGAGUGGACCAAGGACAACUGCGUCCCGUCGUGUUCGACAUGCUGCAACAUGCGGCGCAUGGUAGACGCGAAGACGUUCGUGAAGCGCUGCGUCUUCCUCAGUGAGGUUAUGGAAGGUGGCGCGCCGGAGGAAUUCCCUGCUGAGCUUUUUGGCAAGUUCCCGCGCGCCGGGCAGUACGCGGUCUAUGUGGGUACUGCCGACAAAAAGAAGGUUCCUUUCGAACUUACACGGGAGGAGUUUGACAAAAAAGUGCAGGAGGAGUGCUACAUAUGUGGCAGAGUGAACGGCAUCGGGCACCAUAACGGUGUGGAUCGCAUCGACAGCGGCCUUGGCUAUACUGCAAGCAACACGAGAGCAGCAUGCGGGGACUGCAACUACAUGAAGGGUUCCAUGUCCCUGGCAAGCAUGAACGACAAGAUCCGGGAGAUCGCAAGCAGGGCUAGCAUCACGUUGGCAUACAUCCCGGAUAACCUGCCCCGUAGCACAUUUCACAUGCUGGGGUAG